UCUAACUCCGAAAUGUUUCAACUUAAACAGCUAGGAAUCUGUGCGCAACAACGACAUGUCGUAAUGGAGGUACAUGCGUUUCUGAUUUGAACACAUGUACAGCUAGCUGUACGUGUCCAAGAUGUUACAUGGGAAAUUUGUGUCAAAUAGAAAAGAACCCAUGUGCAUCAAUCAACUGCCGAAAUGGAGGAACAUGUUUGAAUGAUCUAAACUCAUGUACUGGAUCGUGCCGAUGUAAACCGUGUUUUCAGGGCGACCGUUGUCAAAUCGCCCAAGAUCCAUGCGCUCAAAUCACAUGCCAAAAUGGAGGAACAUGUGUUGCUGAUUUAAACACGUGCUCUGCUACGUGCCAAUGUAAAACGUGUUUUACUGGUGACUUUUGUCAAACAGCUGUUGAUAUUUGCGAUGGUAUUAAUUGUCAAAAUGGCGGUACCUGCGUUGUGGACCGAAACACAUGCCAGACCUCCUGUCAAUGCAAACAAUGUUUCAACGGCGAUAGAUGUCAAAACCCUGUUGACAUUUGCAAUAAUGUUAAUUGUCAAAAUGGCGGUACUUGUAUUGUGGACCGAAACACAUGCCAGACGUCAUGUCAAUGCAGACAAUGUUUCAACGGUGAUAGAUGUCAAAAUCCUGUUGACAUUUGCCAAAGUGUCAAUUGUGAAAAUGGCGGUACUUGUGUGGCUGAUCUAAAUAACUGUAGAACAUCUUGUACAUGUAAACCAUGCUUCAAUGGCGAACGAUGUAGAAAUCCCAUUGACAUAUGUCAAGGAGUCAAUUGUCAAAAUGGUGGUACGUGUAAUGCUAAUCUAGACAAAUGUGACACUUCAUGCACAUGCAAAUCUUGUUUUACGGGUGAUCGAUGUCAAAACGCUGUUGAUAUAUGCCAAAGUGUAAAUUGCCAGAACGGAGGUACCUGCAUCCCUGAUCUUAACACAUGUACAACCUCAUGCAUGUGUAAAUCCUGUUUCACUGGUAAUAGAUGUCAAACAGCUGUCGAUAUUUGUCAGGGAGUGAACUGUCAAAAUGGCGGAACAUGUAGCCCUGAUCUGAAUACAUGUCAGACAUCAUGCACAUGUAAACCGUGCUUCACUGGUGAUAGAUGCCAAAACGCUCUCGAUAUUUGCCAGAAUACAAAUUGUGAAAAUGGAGGAACUUGUGUAGCUGAUUUGAACACCUGCCAAACGUCUUGUAAAUGCAAACAAUGCUUUACAGGAGACAGGUGUGAAAAUCCUGUAGAUCUUUGUAAGGGAAUUAACUGUAGAAAUGGCGGCACGUGUUCUACUGAUUUGAAUAUAUGUCAAGCUAAAUGUACUUGCAAAUCAUGCUUCACUGGAAAUAGAUGUCAAACUGCUGUUGAUAUUUGUAGUAGUGUUAAUUGCCAAAAUGGUGGUACGUGUGUCGCUGAUUUGAACACUUGCAGAACUUCAUGUACAUGUAGAUCAUGUUUUGUUGGUAACACCUGUCAAACAGCUGUUGAUCUCUGUCAAAACGUAAACUGCCAAAAUGGAGGAACGUGUGUUCCUAACCUUGAUACCUGUAGCUCAUCAUGCACAUGUAGAUCAUGUUUCAGUGGAAAUAGGUGUCAAAAUGCUUUAGAUAUUUGUAGCAACGUCAACUGUCAAAACGGUGGAACAUGUGUUCCAAACCUCGACACGUGUGAAACAUCAUGUAGUUGUAGAACAUGUUUUACGGGCGAUAGGUGUCAAACAUGUAAGUGUACUCUAUGAAACAAUGUUGCAUAG